GUUUUGCCCUCCGGCCGUGAUUUUCCAGGGCAGCUUUUGGUGCGGCCGUGCGGGCGGGACGGCCCCGGUGCGGCGGGAGCCGCUGAGGGCGGAAGGAGGGCAGCGUUGCCAUGGUGACAGCGCCGUGUACGUCAUCCCCGCGCGCCGGAAGUGCGCCGCGGCCGGGGCGGAAGAUGGCGGCGGCGAAGCGCAGCGUUCUCUCCUCGCUGGCCGUUUAUGCCGAGGAUUCGGACCCGGAGUCGGACAGCGAGGCCGGCACGGCGGGGAGCGAUGGGGGAGCGCCCACGGGAGAGAAAGGAGGCCUGGUGUCAGUUGGGUACGGAGAAGAUGACUUUACCCGGCUGGAGGGGGACGAGGAAGGCUACGAGGAGGAGGACGAUGAGAACAGCAGGCAGUCAGAAUUCUCAGAAGUGGAGAAAAGAGAUCCUCAGGAGCUAGUUGCUUCUUUUUCAGAGAGAGUGAGGAACAUGUCUCCAGAUGAGAUCAAAAUCCCUCCUGAGCCUCCUGGCAGAUGUUCUAACCAAUUGCAGGAUAAAAUUCAAAAGCUGUAUGAGAGGAAAGUGAAAGAGGGCAUGGACAUGAACUACAUCAUCCAGAGGAAAAAGGAAUUUCGCAAUCCCAGCAUCUAUGAAAAGCUGAUCCAGUUUUGUUCCAUUGAUGAGCUUGGUACAAAUUAUCCAAAGGACAUGUUUGAUCCUCAUGGCUGGUCAGAGGAUUCAUAUUACGAGGCACUAGCUAAAGCCCAGAAGAUCGAGAUGGACAAACUGGAGAAGGCCAAGAAGGAGCGCACAAAGAUUGAGUUUGUGACUGGCACUAAAAAGGGCACAACAACAAGUGCUGCUUCCACAACCACCACAACAUCCAGCACCACUGUGGGAGAUGCCCAGAAGAGGAAGAGCAAGUGGGACUCUGCCAUCCCCGUGACAACGAUAGCUCAGCCCACCAUCCUCACCACCACUGCCACCCUGCCAGGGGUUGUCACAGUGACCACCAGUGCCAGUGGCUCCAAAACCACGGUGAUCUCAGCUGUGGGCACCAUUGUAAAAAAGGCCAAGCAGUGACUGCUGUGCUGGGCCUGGAGUCUUGGACUUGUCACUGAAGCCAUUGUCCUUGGAAGGGAGGGGUGGAUUUCUCCUUUGGUAAAAGAUGACAAGAUUCUUUGAAGCAGCUCACAGUUCCCCUUUGGAAGGCUGGGGGCAGGAGCAGGAUGCCAGCUGUGUGCCCACAGGAAUGGACCCCUGCCCACCAUGCCUCUGCCUUUGCUUGCUGGGGGAAGACCCAGGCUGCCUGUGUUGUGCUGGAGGAAGGUGGCAUCUGGAGUCAGCUUGUAAAAGUUUGCUUAUUAAUUGCUGCAUUGAGGUCUUACCUACCUGCAAGUUUGUUUUAGGGGGGAAAAAGAAAAUAAAUGAAAAGGGCAAGCAGUGAAAGACUGUCAGUGUUACCCCUGUGCGUUCAGGGUGGUGCUCCAGGGCUGCCUGCAGCCUGUGUAGGUGCCUCCCUCCAGAGCCAGCUCAGCUCUGAGGGAGUUGAAGCAGAGAAAACCACUCAGUGUCCACGUCCAGAUGUGUAGCAGAGACUUGAAGCAAACUCCAUCAGUGAGUGUAGGCUCACUCCUUGUUCCAGCACUGACACCUGUACCCUGUGCUCUCUGUGUAGAUCUUAGUGACCACGUGUGGAACUGUGGAACUCUUGAGGAAGCUGUGCUGGAACAUCCUGUUACCAUCUCACAGGGAUGGAGAUUUCUAUGCAGAACCCUCAAGCUGUAGAGGUUUGAUUUGUGAGCUCAGACCUGUGCAGAAACACUUCCAUUGCCACGGAGUGAGGUUGGACAGAAGCAGAGCAGAGUGUCUGACCCUGUUUGUGACAUUGUCCAUCUUUGUUUUAGCUCGUGAUGUUCUGUGAAUGCACACAUGGCAGUUACUGCUUGCUCCACUGUUGUGAAAAAGUAUUUUCAGUUGAAAAUUUUGUUGAAUAAAAUUUGAAAAGUCUUUUUAAAAAGC